AAAAGAUAUGCAACUAAAUUCAUCAUCCGCGAAUAAAUAAUCUAACUUCUCUCCUUCUCCGAUUCACCUUUACAUCGCACAAUCCAGGAGCAGCGAUGGCACGUCAAGCAAACCAUCAGAAGGUUUCUCCUAGUAAUCGAAGUAAAGCGCAUGCAGCAAAAUCAAAAGUGUCAAAAUCAAAAGCUUCCAAAGAAUCUAAGGUUACAUCACCGCCAAAGGCCUCCCGAGAGAGAACGAAGAGAUUUGUUCUUGUCAAACCAAUUGCGAAGAAUGAGGUUCGAAAACUUCAACGUGUCGAUAAACACGCACGCUCAUUUCUGAUAUCCAAACAUGCUCACAUAGUUGAGCCAUCUCCUGAACCUGAUGACCUUUCCUCUGCUUUUCAUGGUGAGAAUUGGAUCAUUAUGUAGUUUCCCUGAUAGUUCAAGACUGAUUUGAGAAAUAGAAUCUCUUGAAGGAGCAAGAACCCAUGUACUGAACACUGGAAAAGCAGCCUUUGACGAAGUUCACGAGGUUCUCAUCCAGAAAGUUGCCGAAAAUAAGGCAAAUGACCGUUCAUUCCUCGAAAAUAUCUCGCGCAAUGUAGCUGCCCUCAGCAUGCCCUUAGCCGAAGAGAAAAUCGAAACCACCGUGAAACGUAAGAACCGACGGGUUCCCGAAGUAGUCGAGAUUGGCAAGCGCGUCGAUCAGUUCAGGCAGACAAUUGAGAUUGAAGAGAAUAAGCUGGAGGACUAUUGGAAACAAUGGGAGAGUUUACAAAAUGAGUUUGUCAAAUUUGCUGCUCAAGUAUUUGGCGGUGAUGCCAUAAAGGAGAAAGAGGAGGAUGAGGGAUAUCGUGUCGACAUGCAGUUGUUAGACGCCGACCACACGACCCAGAUGAAUACGUUACUGGAAGAGCUUGAUGAAGUAGGACAUGAUGCCAUUAAGAUGAUGAAGGCUUCGGAGAAGGUAUGCUAUAAACCGCUUUACUGCGUACUUGGGGUGCUGAUGAAUUCUCUUCUAGGAAAUCGAUGUCAAGGCAGACAAAGUACGACAAAGAAUUGUGGGAGCAAUGAUGUGGUGAAUGGGGUUUCAAGGUGACGGCGCAUUGAGCUCGUGAGAUAUACCAUGUGGGAUUUAAUGAUAAUAGGCAUACUAGCCAUAUUUUAAUAUCUGCUCACAUAUCUAGGAAUGACGAUGCCAUGUUUUAUGUGCUGAGAAUAGCUAUGUAAAUAUACUAACCUCCAUCUUGAGGCUCUAAUUGAACUUUCAAUUAACACCUUGUAUGGCGAAGAUCUUGUUGGCCCUGAAAUAGACUGCCACGGAUUUGCUUUCCGUCAGCAACCAAACUUCAAUUGCGGCGUAGAUA